GGCGGCAGCAGCACAAAGCAGAGUCGCUACAUUUUCUGAUCGCGCGCGCGCACGCACGCGCACACACACUUGCUCCAGUGAGGAGAGGCGAGGCGCGAAGCAAAAGCAAAACAAGCGCAGAGCACAAGAGCACAUCCAAGAGUCGUCAGUUUUUGUUUCAGCUUAUCUGAGCGCCGAGCCUCCCCGCCGACCGAUGUGUGUGUCGCCAUGCUGCGGACGCUGCCGGUACUGCUGCUGACUGUCAACUUGGUCGUGGGUUCGAGCUCCCCCGGUGACGUCCUCUCGCCGUCUUACAACAAAAGCAACAGUAGUGGCGUGCAGAGGCUGCCCGACGCCAUCAUCAUCGGCGUGCGUAAAGGAGGAACCAGAGCUCUCCUGGAGAUGCUCAACCUGCACCCUGAUGUGAAAGUGGCAAAGGCAGAGGUGCAACGUAAAAAUGUGCACUACUUCAACGUGGAGGAUCACUACAAGCGAGGCCUGGCCUGGUAUCGCUCCCAGAUGCCCUUCACCAAGCCCGGCCAGCUGACGUUGGAGAAGACCCCUGGCUACUUCGCCGCACCCCAAGUUCCGGCUCGUGUCUGGGCCCUGAACCCAGCCGCCCGCCUGCUGCUGAUCGUGCGCGACCCGGCAGAGAGGCUUGUGUCCGACUACACCCAGGUCCUACACAACCGCCUGGCCCGCCGAAAACCCUACCGGCCUCUGGAGGAGCUUCUACUCCGCAAGGGCCACGUGGACCCGGACUACAAGGCCCUCCAGAGGAGCCUCUACCACCGGCACCUGGCCCGCUGGCUGGAGAUCUUCCCCAGGGAGCAGAUCCACGUGGUGGACGGCGACGCCCUGGUCCGGGACCCCUACCCCGAGUUGAGACAAGCCGAGCGCUUCCUGGAGCUACCGCCCCACAUUGGCCCACAGAACUUCUACUACAACAGCACAAAGGGGUUCUACUGCCUCUUGGAGGCCGGACGGGAGAAGUGCUUGGACCAGUCCAAAGGGCGGCCGCACGCGCCUCUUGACGGGCUCACCUUCAGAAAGCUCUGCCAGUACUUGGCCAAGCCCAACCGCUUGUUCUUCGACAUGGUGGGUAGAACCUUUUCCUGGUGCUGAAGACACUGUGGACUUCCUUUUUCUUUAAAAGCUGUAAAGCCCACCCAUUCAGAGACAACACAGUCCACCCUGUUUGCCAUCGACUCAAUGAUAAGGAUAGAAGUGACUUUACAACCAUGCGUCCUCCAUGGAUAAAACUGUGCCAUAUGCAAAUGACCAAGCAGAUGGCGUUUACAAAAAAACAUGACAACUAGCAUUUAAAAAAAAAAAACAUGACAAUACAACUACCAAACACUAGCAUUUGAUUAAAAACAUGACACCACAGCUGGAGUAUAUUUCAAAAGCUUAAAACACAGCUAGUAUUUCUUUCAAAACGUGACAAGGCAGCUCGCACCUUUUCUUAAAACUUGAUGACACGGCUCGCGUUUGUUCAAAUCAUGACAACGUCACAAGCGUUUCUUUAAAGGAACUUUCUAUUGCUGUGAACAUUGGCACUUAUUCCAUAGUUCUGGACUUAAAACUAUUGUCUGUAUAAAGAAUUUCCCCCCAAAAAUAUUGUAGGCUUAUUUUUACAUUAUUUGGUGGUUUUUAACAGGCCUGCCCGCAUUUGAGUCGAAAACCUGCUUGAGCUUCGUCAGCGCAAGAAGCAGCUGAUUUUCCCAUACUAGUUAAUGUACUUGGAUGGCUCACAAGCAAGGCUGGGGCGUAAUUGUUAUCUAUAUUCAAAGUCUGGAUCAGAAUCAGAAUCAUCUUUAUUUGCCAAGUAUGUCAAAAACACACAAGGAAUUUGUCUCCGGUAGUUGGAGCCGCUCUUGUAUGACAACAGACAGUCAUUUGACAGAAAAUACUUUUGAGACAUUCAUCCUUCUAUCCAUUCUCUGAGCCGCUUCUCCCCACAAGGGUCGCGGGAGUGCUGGAGCCUAUCCCAGCUAUCAUCGGGCAGGAGGCGGGGUACACCCUGAACU